AUGCUGGAAUCCUCGGAGGAUGCUUUACGGUUCUUAGCCGAAGGGCAAACGUUGUUGGGCGAAGGAUGGACGCAUGUGGAUAAUUUCGAUGAGCUUGAUGAGGAUGAGUUCGAAGAGGAAGAAGAGGAGAUAUACGUUACGAUGGAUUUGGGAACGACACUGGAUGCCAAGGCAUUACAGAAUGAGAAUCAGUAUCAACUUGUCGGUCUAGAUACACCCCUGCCAUUUCUAAAAUUGGGUAAUCAGAUAUUUCAAGGUCAGACUACACCGUUAAUAGGGGAUGAAGUGGUAUUAGGCUUAAUACGACACUCUGAUAAUCCCCAUGAACCUACUCAUCCACCAUUAUACUCCACGAAUCAUCGACUGACGUUCCGAGCUAUAACACUCGAACCCCGUUCCCAACCUCAAGCCCAAACUCAAGAUGAACAAACAACUCAAGCUGAAACUGAACCUGGACCUUCUUCAAGCUCUUUCAACCUUUUCUCCAACUCACCCAUGGAUUCACCUACUAUCAGUGGACCUCCCGUGGGUAGUCUCAAAAAGGGUAGAUCAAAAGGUGCUGGACAAGUCAGACCUCGAUUCGUCAUUGAUAAACCUGAAGAUCUGGAGAAUUUCGAUGUGAAAGCUAUGAAAACUUCUCAGAAAGUCGAACUUGGACCGAACGUCUUGAGAUCCUUGGGUUUACCCCCCUCAACUCACGGCGAGAAUGUCCUAUUGAGCAAAACCGACUUAUCACAAGUGAUUUCAGGUUAUUCAUCAAGAAGUCAGGCUAGUCAAAAUAGGAAGAAAGGUAGAAUCUGGGGUGUGGACAAAGAUGGAAAGAUAGCUUUGAUUGAUAAUGAUCAUCAAGGAAAAGAAAAGGAUGAAUCACAAGAGGUUGGUGUCCCCGGUGAUGUGCAGAUGGAAGAAGGUGAACAGAAUAAUCUGUCACAGGAGAACAACGUCGGAAGUUCGGCUCAAACAGAUGAGAUACCGCCUACUCAGAGUGCACGGACAGAUCAAGAUCAAGUUAUGGGGGAUGUAGAGGUAGAGGAUGAUCCUCCCUGGGCCGAAGUGGAGAAUGGACAAGUCCACCAGUAA